CAAAGUUUUGUUCGCCUCGUCUACUACCCAACAGUCAACUCCCAACUCUAUUACCUCCUAUUUAUCAUCACUUUUCCGAUGGAUUCCUUCGAGUCCUUGGAAACCCAUUCUACAGAGCUAGUACAUCAAAUCCAUCGGAGAAGCAUUGAGAUUCCUGCUUCCCUCAAGGCUGGAAUCUCUCAGUCUCGGAACACUCAAGGAUAUUUUGACCUGAUGCAGUGCUGAGGAUGCUUGGUUGAUGCUUGAGAACAAAAUCUGGUUUUGUCUUGACAUCGAACCUUAAAGCAUUUAUCAUGGGUGAUGAACUUGAGAAGCCGCUGCUUGCUCCUGAGAAUUUCAACCGAGAUGCAAUUGACCUGGAGCGCUUACCUUUGGAAGAAGUUUUUGAGCAAUUGAGAACAUCAGCAGGAGGACUUUCAUCAGAAGAUGCAGAAGUCCGUUUAAAGAUUUUUGGACCAAAUAAGCUUGAAGAAAAGCCAGAGAACAAAUUCUUGAAAUUUCUUAGUUUUAUGUGGAAUCCCUUGUCAUGGGUUAUGGAAGCUGCAGCAGUGAUGGCAAUUGUCCUUGCCAAUGGUGGAGGGCAGGGUCCUGAUUGGCAGGACUUUGUGGGGAUUAUCUGUCUAUUGAUCAUCAACUCAACAAUUAGUUUUAUAGAGGAAAAUAAUGCCGGUAAUGCAGCAGCAGCACUCAUGGCACGUUUAGCUCCAAAAACAAAGGUCCUUAGAGAUAGACAGUGGCAAGAAAAAGAUGCUGCUAUUCUAGUACCAGGAGAUAUAAUCAGCAUAAAGCUUGGUGAUAUCAUCCCUGCAGAUGCUCGCCUGCUUGAGGGGGACCCACUAAAAAUUGACCAGUCAGCUCUUACUGGAGAAUCUCUUCCUGUCACAAAGAGGACAGGAGAUGAAGUCUUUUCUGGUUCAACAUGUAAGCAUGGAGAAAUUGAAGCUGUUGUGAUAUCCACUGGAGUUCAUACUUUCUUUGGGAAGGCAGCACAUUUAGUUGAUUCCACUGAAGUUGUUGGGCAUUUCCAAAAGGUCCUUACUUCCAUCGGGAACUUCUGUAUUUGCUCAAUAGCUGUGGGAAUGAUUCUUGAAAUCAUUGUCAUGUUUCCUAUACAACAACGUUCAUAUAGAGAUGGUAUUAAUAACCUUCUUGUUCUCUUAAUUGGUGGAAUACCCAUAGCGAUGCCCACUGUAUUAUCUGUUACACUUGCAAUUGGUUCCCAUCGACUCUCUCAACAGGGUGCUAUAACAAAGCGGAUGACUGCAAUUGAAGAAAUGGCUGGAAUGGAUGUCCUCUGCAGUGAUAAAACUGGAACUCUUACUCUGAAUCGCCUCACUGUUGAUCGAAACCUCAUUGAGGUCUUUAAUAAAGACAUGGACAAAGACACUGUUAUCUUGCUUGCAGCAAGAGCUUCAAGAAUUGAAAACCAAGAUGCUAUUGAUACAGCCAUAGUUAGCAUGCUUUCUGAUCCUAAGGAGGCACGGGCAAACAUUACAGAAGUCCAUUUUCUUCCUUUCAAUCCUGUGGAUAAGAGGACAGCAAUUACAUACAUUGAUUCUGAUGGUAACUGGCAUCGAGCUAGCAAAGGGGCUCCUGAACAGAUUCUAAGUCUAUGCAAAGAAAAGGAAGAGAUUGCUCGAAAAGUGCAUUCAAUUAUUGACAAAUUUGCAGAAAGGGGGUUGCGGUCUCUUGCAAUUGCUUCUCAGGAAAUUCCUGAAAAGACGAAAGAGAGCCCUGGAGGUCCAUGGACAUUUUGUGGGCUAUUGCCAUUGUUUGAUCCGCCUAGACAUGACAGUGCAGAAACCAUUCGCAAAGCACUUAACUUGGGGGUCUGUGUCAAGAUGAUUACAGGUGAUCAAUUGGCAAUUGCAAAGGAGACAGGCCGACGUCUUGGCAUGGGAACAAAUAUGUAUCCCUCUUCAUCAUUGUUGGGCCGUGAUAGAGAUGAAAAUGAAGCUCUUCCUGUGGAUGAGCUCAUUGAAAAAGCUGAUGGAUUUGCUGGUGUAUUUCCUGAACACAAGUAUGAAAUUGUGAAAAUCCUUCAAGAAAAGAAGCACAUUUGUGGGAUGACUGGAGAUGGUGUGAAUGAUGCACCUGCUUUAAAGAAGGCAGAUAUUGGAAUAGCAGUAUCAGAUGCUACUGAUGCUGCAAGGAGUGCUGCUGAUUUAGUCUUAACUGAACCUGGUUUAAGUGUCAUCGUCAGUGCUGUCCUGACAAGCCGGGCUAUAUUCCAGAGAAUGAAGAACUAUACGAUUUAUGCCGUUUCCAUAACCAUUAGAAUUGUGCUUGGUUUUGUGCUCCUUGCAUUGAUCUGGGAGUAUGAUUUUCCACCCUUCAUGGUUCUAAUUAUAGCAAUACUGAAUGAUGGGACUAUCAUGACUAUUUCAAAAGACCGGGUGAAGCCUUCUCCCAGACCAGACAGUUGGAAACUCAAUGAGAUUUUUGCAACAGGCAUUGUCAUAGGAACUUACCUUGCGUUAGUUACUGUCUUAUUUUUCUGGGCUGUAAAAAGCACCACUUUCUUUGAGACCCACUUUCAUGUGAGGUCCCUAAGCAGCAGUACCGAAGAGAUCUCCUCUGCUGUAUAUCUGCAAGUCAGCAUCAUCAGCCAGGCUCUCAUAUUUGUUACUCGCAGUCAAAGUUGGUCUUUCAUGGAGAGGCCUGGGACUCUCCUUAUGUGUGCUUUUGUGGUGGCUCAACUGGUUGCUACUCUAAUUGCAGUCUAUGCACACAUCAACUUUGCUUCAAUCCGUGGCAUUGGAUGGGGUUGGGCUGGUAUCAUAUGGAUAUAUAGUGUGAUCUUCUACUUACCACUAGAUAUCAUCAAAUUCACUGUUCGUUAUGCUUUGAGUGGAGAAGCCUGGGACUUGUUGUUUGAGAGAAAGACGGCAUUUACUUCUAAAAAGGACUAUGGAAAGGAAGACAGGGAAGCCAAGUGGGUACUUUCUCAGAGAACACUAGAAGGGUUGAUACCUUCAGAAUUAGAGACCAAUGGGCGGCGGUCUUCUUUGAUUGCUGAACAGGCCAGACGCCGUGCUGAAAUAGCCAGGUUGGGGGAGUCGCAUACACUGAAAGGACAUAUGGAAUCAGUUAUGAGACUGAAGAAUUUGGACAUAAAUACGAUACGAACAUCUCAUACAAUCUGAAGUCAUGAAGAUUUUAUGGUUGGGGGAAAAGCUGUUUAGAUUGUCCGGUGCAGAUUUUGCAGAAAGUGGUCAAUACCGAUGGUAGAAAUGCCUCCGGUGAAGAUUACGAUAAUUGGAAAAAGAAAGAAAAAAAAUAGUCUGACAAUUGUCAUCGAUGAAUUAUAAUAGAAUGGUGUAGUGAUUACACAGCUAUGCUGUACAAUUCUUUUGCUUCAACAAAUUGUCGAGUGCAGUGGAGUUGGUUUUGUGCCGAUAACACAAUACUCUUUCGCUGUAGGCACGGGUACUUUUUCUCAUUCAACAUCUGCUACAAUUUUUGUAGAUGAUUAGACAUCUACUUUGAGAGUUGGCAUUCCUUUUACUGUCCAAAAAAAAUAUGUUUGUAAGGUUUUAACAUUUCAAAGAAAUAAACUUUGCUAUUUCUCCA